ACCAAUACAACGUGGCGGUGAUGGUGAGUGACGCAGCCAGACUCGAGUUACUUCGUCGGUUCGGGGGCACCUACCUCGACCUGGACUCCCUCACCCUCAGGCCCCUUCCCGCACACGACAACUACCUCGCCAGGCUCCUCGGGGAUGUCAUUAGCAACGCCGUCCUGUCCUUCCAGCCUCGCCAUGAGCUCGUCCAGAAAAUGGUUGAGGACAUUCCCGCCAGAUGGAACCUCCUGAAGUACACAAGCAUCGGGGCGGAUCUCCUCACCCACCACCUCCACCUCCACUGCCAUAACACCUCCACCUCCUCCACCUCCACCCCGAAGACCUGCAGGGACGUGACAGUGUUCCCCGGGGCCCUCUUCUUCCCCUUCGUCAGCGGGGGGGAAGGGAUGGAUAUAUUCGCGCAGGAUCUAGGGUACGGGACUGAGUUUGUGAGGUCCUUCGCGGGGUAUUCCUUGCACCUGUAUAACCACCUGACGGAGAGGGUGGCCGUGGACUUGUCGAGGGAGUCCGUGGUGAGGGAGGUGGCGGUGAGGCAUUGUCCCGAGGUGGUGAAGGUGCUGGUGCAGAGGGGCGUGUAUAUGUGAGGGUGGUGAUGGUGGUGAUGGUGGUGAUGAUGGUGAUG